AUGGGAAGUGCAGUUGAAACAUUGUGUGGACAAGCAUAUGGAGCCCAAAAAUAUGAAAUGCUUGGUGUUUAUCUCCAAAGAUCAGCAAUUCUUCUCACUAUAACCGGUGUACUACUUACCCUAAUCUACAUUUUCUGCAAGCCCAUCCUCAUCUUCCUGGGGGAAUCAACAGCCAUAGCAUCUGCAGCAGCAUUGUUCGUAUACUGUCUAAUUCCCCAAAUAUUCGCAUACGCAUUAAACUUCCCUAUCCAAAAAUUUCUACAAGCACAGAGUAUUGUGACACCAAGUGCAUACAUAUCAGCUGCAACAUUAGUAUUACAUAUUUUACUGAGUUGGCUUUUUGUGUACAAGAUAGGGCUUGGGUUGUUGGGUGCAUCGUUGGUGUUCAGCUUGUCUUGGUGGAUCAUUGUGGUGGCUCAGUUUGUUUAUAUAUUGAAGAGUGAAAGGUGUAAGUACACAUGGGAUGGGUUCAGCAUUCGGGCAUUCUCUGGCUUGCCUGGGUUCUUUAAGUUAUUGGCUGCUUCGGCUGUUAGGCUCUGUUUGGAGACUUGGUAUUUUCAGAUUCUUGUUUUGCUUGCUAGCUUGCUUGAAAACCCUGAGUUGUCUCUGGAUGCUCUUAAAGGAAAACUGAAUCUAUUUUUUAUUUCAUACAUUUUGAGUACAGUGCUUAUACAUAUUUAUAGAGAAAAUGAAUAUGUAACUACUAUUGAACUACAGUUUACAUGUAACUGA